AAAGGAGAGAGCUGGAGGGAACAGGAGCUGUUUACAGACUACUCUAACUCCUUUACAGGAGUUACCAGCGAUGUAAAAAUGACAAAACGUUUGUUUUCAAGGAUCCAGUUCUAUGACAUUAAGGAUCUGAUUCAAAAUGUGAAGCGGCCCAGAAGAAUCGAUGUUCUUAGCCGAAAGAGGCGUAAGAAGGACAUCCAGGGCCUCAAGGUUCAAAAAAUAAAUGAUGAGACAUAUCCUUCAAAACAACAACAAAGUGGGCAGACUGAUCAUAAACUCCACAUGACUCUGGAAAUGUUGCUACAGGAUAAAAAGUAUUUAGCAGCGUUCCGCAGCUUCCUGCAGUCUGAGUUCAGUGAAGAAAACAUGGAGUUCUGGCUCGCAUGUGAAGACUUUAGGUCGACCGCCUCACCGGACGACCUUCAGUGGAAAGCAGAGGGGAUCUACCAGGAGUUCAUCCAGCCUACAGCCUGCAGAGAGAUCAAUGUUGACCACCACAUCAAGGAGAAGAUCAAGAAGUCUUUGGAGAAGGCGAGCCCCUCCUGCUUCGAUGAGGCCCAGAAACAGGUUUACCUGCUGAUGGAAAGAGAUUCUUGCCCCAGAUUCCUGCUCUCAGAUGCCUACCUGAGUCUAAAGCACAAGUCAAGGACUCUUUGGUACAUUUAGCUCAAAACACUGUAUCAAAACUGCUUUUCUAAUCCUCACUCUUUUGCCUUUUUUUCUAUUUGACUGAAUUGAAAAGUUAUUUCACACUGUAAGAGAAGCUUGGAUCAAAACCGUCCUUUUUGCUUAUUGCUUUAAACCCAAACAGAAAUAAUGUUUUCAACCAUGUGCAACAUCAACCUGUUAUAUGACGGUAUGUUGAUGAAAUAUUGUGGAAAAUAAUAAAGCAGGAAAACAGAAAGUGGAAAAAAGUAUAUGUAAGUAGGGGAGAAAGAAUGCUAUUGGUACGUUUAAUUUAGAAGAUUGUGCAGAGUUUGGAGUUGUUUGAAGGAAUGUGUUGAGGAAAAGUAAGUUAAGGGGCAGAGUACAGUAGGAUAAAUGGUUUCUGACAUGUAGAAUGAAAUGACCUAGUUUUCAUAAAUGAGCAUUAAAUUCUGAGCUAUUCAAAAUCAUGACUUCUUGACCAUCUUUGGAUACAUUUCAUGAGAUGAGUAGUUCUCACUCAUCGUCUAUAACUACCCUACUUUUAUGACUAUUUUCCAUGUUGUCAGAAUUUUGAGACAACGAUUUAUAUUUAUCUGACUGGCAGUCUAACUGGACGUGUGGGGAUGGGCAUGAGUCAAAAAUGAAAAAAAAAAAGGAGAACAGUUUCCACAGCUCACCCAGCAAGGAGAUUCAGUCUCUGGUCACAUGUCUGAUAUCU